AAUUUUAACUUAGAUUAAAAUUCUAAUCCAAUAUAAAUAAUAUCAUAAAUAAUAUCUCCUGUAGCAAUACCUUUUUAUAUAUUUUAAUUACUCUUCACACUAAUCUCUCAUUUAACACUUCUCAUUUUUACACUUUCAUACUUAACAAUCCCUAAUUUUCCCAGCACUAAUCCACCUUCAUUUGUUUUGUCAGUUACUUACACUUUGUUUAUUCCCACGUAGAUCCAACCGAAGACUUACCGCAACCCGGCCAAGAGAGGACCCCAGCCAAGAGGAAUACCGUAGCAAUGCUACCAAUCGGCCAAGCGAACGUAGCAGCAAAAGCCGCAGCAAUCACCGCAGGUCCGCUUCCCGACGUCCAAGCGAAAGUCGCAACCGACAAGAUCAACGAAACCGCACCAGUCAUCAUCAAAACAGAUUGGAUCCUGACCUUUACCAAUGUAGGCUAUGUAUGAGGUUCCAUGCCAUACGGUUUUGCCCGAAAUUCAUGAACAUGACAGUCAUCCGGAGGAUUGAGAUGGUCACUAGACACAAAUACUGUGUCAACUGUUUGGCCAAAAGCCAUAGUGUUCGGGACUGUACCUCAAUGGCAAGCUGUCGCAGGUGCCAUAGGUUUCACCACACCCUUCUCCACCCAUCAAACAUUCGUGUCACCAUCGGCAGCCAAACCACACAACGACGACAUCCUCGGCCCAAGCCGCAAAGACAAACCCAGCCCUCAACCAUUCAACGUUCCCAGCUGAACCAGGUCCAAACUAUCACACCACAUACACCAACUACCCAACCUAUCAUUCAACAUCCAUCACCAACCCAGUCCGCCACGCUCACAGCACCCAAUCAACAAAUCAUUCUCGAGGCCAUUAAAUCAUUGGCCAACGUACUUUGUGCCACUAAUAACGGGCCAUCUGUUGCCUAAAGCCAAGGCCGGCGGCAUGUCCAAAGUUGGACAAUAUUUUUUAUUUUUUUGUUAUUAUUAAAUGAAUUUUAUUUUAAUUUGAAUUUUUAUAUUAAUUGUUUUUACUAGAAGAUUAUUUGCAUUUAAGAUACUUUGAAUUAUUAUGAAUUAUUAAAUGAACUGUAUUAUCUUAAUAUUGUAAUUAGUAAUCAGUAUUCGGUACAAUUGAAUUGUCAUUUGUUCUAAAUAUUCGCUGAAUAGCCAUUUAUGUUCUAAACCUAAGUUUCGCGUUUCUUAUAAUUAAAAUAAACCUUCACUUGUAAUUCAUCAGUCGCAGUGAAAACAUUAAAAUAAAAAAAAACCUCCAACUUCACUUA